GCUAUCUUGAAAUACUCCUCAGUACUCCAUUAAAGCCUUUCUAGCGACCUCCAAUAAGUAUAAGGCACUCGAGAUGUCCAACGCUGAACGUAAAGAUCACUGGUCAUCGGAAGCAUACAAUUCAGCAGCCGGCUUCGUACCAAAGCUCACCACCACAGUCUUCUCGUAUCUCAAUCCCCAAAAAACCGACAAUGUACUAGACAUAGGCUGUGGGGACGGCGAAUUAACAGCUAAGAUCGCCGACGCAACAACCGAAGGCCAAGUCCUGGGCGUCGAUGCCUCACCAUCCUUCAUCAGAACCGCAAACGAACGCUAUCUGAAAGACGGGUUUGGUAACGUGACUUUCGCUCUCCACGAUGCCACGAAGCUGGAGACUUGUCGAGAAGUCGGAAGUGGAAUUUGGGACAAAGCUUUCUCCAAUGCGGCCAUGCAUUGGAUCUUACGAAAACCCGAGGUCCGGAAAGGAUUCUUUGCGAAUGUGUUCAAGGCAUUGAAGCCUGGUGGGUCGUUUGUGUUCGAAAUGGGAGGCGCGGGAAAUGUAGCCGAGAUUCAUACUGCAGCUACUGCAGCUCUGGUACAUCAAGGAGGCAUUUCUCUACAAGAGGCGCGAAAUGCGAGUCCUUGGUAUUUUCCAUCUGUGGACGACAUGACCAAGCUCUUGCAAGGCGCUGGGUUUGAGGUUGAGAAAUGCGAGAUUGAAUAUCGUCCUUCGAAGCUGACCCCGAAGCAAGCCGAUGGGAGUGGGGGGCUGGAGGGCUGGGUGAAAUUGAUGUGUGCUGAGUUUCUGGAAGCUGUGCCGGAGGAGAAAUGGGCGGUGGUCCUCAAGGAGAUUCACGACCUGGCUGAAAGUGUUAUUACGAGGGAGGAUGGGAGUCAGUGGUUGGGCUAUGUGAGGUUGAGGGCCAUUGCCAAGAAGAGUAACAAUGUCGAUUAA